GAAGCUGUAGCUUUGGGACUUCAGCAGAAAGUGCAGACUAGACACAUGAGAGACAAAGAGGGUGACACAGAGGAGAGGAUGGAUUUGAUUACAGAGACAAGACAAGGACUGACGAGCGAGGAUACUGGGCUGACAAAGAUCCAUUUUAGUCUCAGCUGAUGGGGACCCGAACAGGAAGAAAGGGAAAAAGAGGAGCAGAGAAGAAGAAGGACUUGUCUGAACAAGAAAGCAGAAAAGAGGUCAGAGAAACUCAGCCUGCUUAACCUGAAAGUCAUUAGCUCCGCCCACUCAGCCUAAAUGACAUGAGACAGCUACCUGGGGUUCACGCAUCAAGUCCCAACUUCUCUCAGAUACUUUACCUGAGGAAACUAAGACUUUCUGGAUAAAAAUCCAAGCCCAGGUUUAAGUCCGGCUCUGUGCCCCUGUGGAAAAUGUCAGGAAACUUUCAGGAUUACAGUCCAUGUGUGAAAGGGGUUUCUUGAGUCAAAACAGGCAAGGAGGGGUGAAAGGAAAAGCUAGAGGUGGGGGAAAGUAAGGUAAUAAGAGAAACUUAAGAAAGCGAAAUAUUAACAGUAAACGGAGCAGGGAGAAAGCCUGAAAAAAAACACAGUGUAGGUGUCAGAGAGAGCAGAUAACGGGUGAAUGCUGAGACACAAGGUGAGGGGGGCUAGCGGGUAAGAGUGAGCCGGAGGGGAGAGAGGCAUGAGGGGACAGCUCUUGAAGACACUCUUCUCUCUGGUGAUUACUCUCCUGUGUUUGGGGAGCCUGCUGACCACUGUCAUCUGGUACAUGUUCGACAACAAUGUGGAGCCCCGUCUACCAGCCCCUCAGAAGAAAAGCACCCCAAAGAACUCUGACCUCUGCAAAGGCUGCAAGGAGGUCAUUGAAAAGGUAAUGCAGCGUUACUCUAAAACCUGGCAGAAGAAGGAGGAGAAUUACAAAAAAUUCAGAUCUCAGCUGAACAGCAAAUGCAGUGGAUUCGAAAAAUCCAUCAUCACCCAGUCCAACACUCCAGUAGGAUCUAAGCUUGUUUAUGAUGGGGAAAAGAAGAGGGUCCUCCAGGUCAAUGCUGAGAUUUUCAGCACAUUUACAAAGGAGCACCCGUUCUCAAAUAAAACAUGGGACACGUGUGCUGUUGUUGGGAACGGAGGGAUCCUGACCGACAGCGGCUGUGGAGAGGUGAUAGACUCAGCUCAGUUUGUCAUCAGAUGCAACCUUCCUCCUUUGGGAAAUGGUUAUGAGAAGCAUGUAGGCGUCAAGACGGACCUUGUGACGGCUAACCCAAGCAUCUUCAUGGAGAAGUAUGGUGCUCUGAUGGGCCGUCGCCGUCCAUUUGUAGAGAGUCUACAUACUUAUGGCAGCUCUCUGCUCCUUCUUCCUGCUUUCUCCUACGGCCAUAACACUCCUAUAUGUCUGCGGGCUGCUUACACCAUCGAGGACUUUGGAAGCCCAGUAAGGCCCAUCUACUUUAACCCCCAGUACCUCCACAGUCUGGCUGCCUUCUGGCGUUCACAAGGCUUGCGAUCAGUGCGGUUAAGCACUGGAAUAAUCAUGGCCAGCCUGGCUUUGGAGGUGUGUGAAAAUGUGCAUCUGUAUGGGUUCUGGCCCUUCAGUAAUCACCCGUAUGGACUCUAUGACCUGACACACCACUACUAUGAUAACAGACAGAGUAAAAAGAAGUUCCACGCCAUGCCUGCUGAGUUUGAACUCUUGAUGCAGCUGCACAGUCAGGGGGUGCUAAAGCUUCACCUGGGAGACUGUCGACCUGGAAAAAAAUAGACCCAUGGACUACCGACAGAACAGGCGCAAAGAGCCUUCUUUGUGAAAAUCCAGCCACUCAUGAAGUCUUUCAUACUCUUUAAAAUGAAUGGACUGGUCAUCUGCUGGCGAAGAAAUGCUGAGUUGGCCAGUCAGCAGCUGAGACAUUUGCACUGAUAUUGAAAUGCAGAAGACUAAGCAUCUAAAACUGACUGUAUUUAUUGUCACGUGUUCCAGCUGGAGUCUGGAGGGACUUAUUUAGAUUCAAACUGGACCUCCUUUGUGAGGCUCUGGUCUACAGCAAAGUGCCUUUUCUAAAUCAGUAAUGAUGAGUUACAUAACUAACCACAGAAGUUUUUGAAACAAACUGAAUGUAUUGUGAAGAAAAUCAAAUACCUCCUUACAUGAAGAUUGUCUGACCUAAACAGCAGCACAAUGAAUGUGGCAAGUCUUUGGUUAAGCAUUUCAUCAAAUAUUUAUCAACCUUGGUGAAAAUAUAUAGAACUGCUGAGGGUCAAAGUUUCAUACUUGCACAGUUCUUUCACACAGUUGUUCAGAAAGGCUGGAUCUGGCUGUGAAAGAUCAUUUCUGUACUCCUUUUUUCACUCUACAGCGCUGGCACUGAUUUAAAAAGCAGCAGAGGGCAUGCAGGGGUCAUGUCCCAGUAGCUACCUACAAACUGUCAUAGCUGUCCUUUAGACAGACACCAUAGAAAUACACAGGUAACACUAUUGAAAAAAGGUGACUUGGGUGGGCUUAUGUCACAUAAUAACCCAGGAAGAAAAAGGUACUGACAUUAAGUUUAACUUCUGUAUAAUGGUAACAAAGAAAACAAGUAUUUUCUAAUAUGAAUCCUAAAUCAGUGCCAAACUUAAGUCGGAUGUAUACCGAUUUCAAGCUGACUCUUAACAGCCGUGGUGGAUUAUCUGCUCACACUGUGACUAUCAUUUUCAAUACAUGAUCAUCACACAUGAUUUAUGUUCUCUCGCUAAAGUUGAGAUGGACUGUAACAAGUGCCAGUUGAGUUCCCUUUUAGAAGGCUCACACACAGAGGUUAUGGUAAGAUUUCUUAUCUUGUUUUCAUGUUUGAAAUAGUACAUCGACAAAACAGCUCUUGUCAUCUCUGCUUCACACAUAAACAGCAUCGUCAGCAAACACGUCUACUUGCUAAAUAAUAACAGGUUCUGUUGCAGCGUAACAGUGUCAGCGAAUAUACUUGUCCGCAGGUAGGCCUAGUUCCUUCCUUAUAGGUUGAGAAGGCUCAACAGAAAGGCAUUUCUUCUGUUUUCAUGGUGAUUUAAGAUGCUGUUUAUCAGUUUACAAAUGAAGAAAAUGCUCUGAAGUUGGGGAUUCUCUCACUUUGUAAUUGUGUGCCUUCACACAGAAUUGCCUGGGCCCCUGAAAAGACCAGUGUUAGGGCCCUCCCCAGGAAGGAGUUACUAAGAUAAAUGCAUAAAUAUUGAAUCAGCAGUACUGGUGCUAGCCUCUUGGCUAACAAAUACCUCCUUUUGAAGCUGGAAAGUAUGCUAAAAAGUCAUUGUUGGGUUCAAAUGUUCCCCAGCAAGUUGCCUCUAGCUCUUAGUUUUCUGGUAUCCUGACAUUUUUCAAGUCAUAGCAUAGCUAUAAAAUCCAACAUUAAAAAAAAGGCUUAUUUAGUUCAAAGACAGGCGGGUUGCAUUUUAAAACUACAGAUUAACCAAUAAUCUGUCAUCUGUCAGAGUGGUUAUUAAUCAGGCUUGAAAUAAAUUGUGGUUAUUGUACAUUAACUCUAUAAUGGGGCAUGUUUUGCUAACCCCUUGCAGCCAGGCCCCAGAAAGCUCUCCUCUUUUUCUCCACUUAUAGAUAGCCUUGCAUUUGGCCAAAGUAUGAAACAUGCCAGAAAUCCAUCUGACCAGUCGGGAGCAGCCACGGUCAGCCAUCAUGCCCCCCCUGUACACUGAUGAUGCACAAUCAGGCCGAAAGUUGGUCUGACUUCUAAGUGACUCAGCUGAAAAUUUGCUCGGCUUUUCUGUCUCCAUUGUGAGUUAAUGUAGUGAUGGACAUUUUGGAUAAGCUUUCAAUUGUUACAUUUAAAUCAAGACUUGUUUUAAUCUUUCACAACCCUCAGUGUUGCCUUUCAUGCCGACUCUUCUAAAGUCUUAGCUGAGAUUUUUGUCAUCCAGAGAAAAAAAAAAAAAAAGAUUAAACUUGACAACUCUUUGAGCUAACUUCAGAAAACUUUUGAAUGCUUGUGUUUUUGUUUUUGGGAACCACACAAAGGGAGAGGGAAUGCUACAGUGGUUUGAGGAAUAAAUGUUUAUCAGACAGAAA